AGGUAAUUGAAACUACCAAUUUUGGUCCGAUCGGACGAAAACGGCAACGCUGCUGCAGAGUGGACGCUAAAAGCAGAGCGGAGCGCAAAACUGACGAAUGCGAGAAAUAAGCUUCAAAUCUGUAUGCUUACAUUUUCAUACGAAGUCGCGCAGGCAGCGCAGAGAGUGGAAGCUGACCGAAGCCGAGCGUAAAGUUGUUUAAUGCGAGAAAAUAGUUUUGAAGUGUUUUUCGAUGCCGACUGGCAUUGAAAUUGCGCAUAAUAUUCAGUUGUAUUUUCAUGCAAUUCGUGACUGCAUGUAAUUUAAAGCACAAAUAUGGAUAUUAACAUGUUGAUAAGUGAAGUUUUUGCUCGCCCUGCUCUAUGGGAUCGAAAAAAUAAAAAUUAUCACAAUAGAAUGUUGGUUGAACAUCUAUGGGAAUCAGUUGCAAGUGAAAUGAAUUUACAGAGGGAAGAGGUGAAGAAAAAGUGGAAGUAUAUUCGCGAUCAAUUUCGAGCUGAAUUACGUAAAAUUUCUGUUCCGAUAUCUGGUGAUAAUGAUAUUAUAGAUUCAGAUUUCCAUUCGAAGUGGCCCUACUUUAAGCAACUAUUAUUUUUAAAAGACCAAAUGAAGCACCGGGAACUAAGCGGAAAUUUAAAGAAAAUAAGGACUAUUCCGGAUGAAAGUGGUAACGAAGAUCCACUAGGUGUAAAUGAUGAUAUAAGUAGUUUGAAUAUAUCUCAAAUCGAAGACACGGACGAUACAUGCGAUAAAUUUGAACUCAAUAUUCCGCCCCCAACGAAAAAGAAAUAUUUAAGCCAGGCAAAGAGUACUUCACAACUAUUGGAAAUUGAAAAACGUAAAUUACUCUUACUUGAAAAGAAACACUCCGAAAAAAAAGAACGAGAUGAAGAUGAGGCCUUUUUUGAGUCGCUUCUACCGCAUAUUCGUAAAUUGGAACCCGAAGCUAAACUUUUAUGUCGAAUGGAUAUUCAGAACAUUGUAUAUAAUCAUGUAUACCAAAAAAAUAUAAAAUAUCAAAUAGGUGGCACAUGCACCCAAACACCAGUUACAAACGAAAAUUUACAAUAAGAAGAAAGAACAUAACCCAUUAGCAAUUUUUCAGAUUCCAUUGUGUUUACUUUGGAUUUAACGUCGAUUCAACAAUUUCAGUCAAACUCUAAUACUUGAAUUGAAUAUGUAAACGUAUAAUAAGUAUGUCUAAUUGAAAAUCUUCUUUUAAUUGUCAAUAAAACUUUUGUGUUUGAGUGUAAGUGCGAAUGCAAUGUGAAGCAAAAUAUUAAUUUAAAUAAAAUUUAAUUAUCUCACUUAA